AUGGCGACGGCGGAAGACAAAGUUGAGGCUGGCGACAUUACCAAUGUGCGGAGCCACCAGGUAGCUGAAGGCGAGCUGAAGGAGACUGGCCGAGACACUGAGCUUACCCAGACAUACGGUUCGACCCAUCGAGGUCUGAAACCCCGACAUGUUCAGCUCAUGGCUAUCGGUGGUUCCAUUGGAAUUGGCAUCUGGGUAUGUAGAUUGAGGCAAGCACACAAUGGCUUGAGCUGACGAUUUUCCCUCUCGUCCAGGUCGGUAUCGGUGGUGUUUUGAGCAAGGCUGGCCCCCUCUCGCUAAUCUUGGGAUAUGCGAUCUGGGGUGUUUUGUUCAUUUGGCCUCUCUAUCUUGUUGUUGCAGAAAUGUGUGCUUACCUCCCCGUCCGCGGUUCCAUCUUCGAAUUGGCCUCUCGAUUCGUCUGCCCAUCCAUCGGCUUCACCAUGGGAUGGACAUAUUUCUUUGCGGGACUCAUGUUGGUUUGUACUGAAUUGAGCGCCAUUGCAACAGUCAUGCAGUCCGUAAUACCGUUCCGUCUUGCGCAUGGCAUUUCUAACUCGUCACUCUUAGGUACUGGGAUACCAAAACAAAUGCCGCGGCAUGGAUAGCGAUGGGAAUGGGAGUUUGUAUUAUUCUCAAUAUCGUGGCCGUGAAGUGGUAUGGAGAGUCCGAGUUCAUCAUGGCUUCUACCAAGGUCUUCUUGCUGGUCUUGCUCGUUCUCAUCACCAUCGUUACGAUGUCGGGCGGGAAUCCCCAACACGACGCUUACGGUUUUCGAAACUGGAACGACGGUGCCAUGCAUGCCUAUCACACGACGGGUGCGACAGGGCGGUUCCUUGGGGUUUGGAAAGUUGUUAUAUACGCGGGUUUCACCGUGGCUGGUCCUGAUAUGAUCGCUCUAGCCGCCGGAGAGAUCCAGAACCCCCGCCGAACGAUCCCUCGUGUCGCAAGCCUGAUAUUCUAUCGUAUUGUUGGGUUCUAUAUCAUCGGAGUUGUCGCCGUCGGUGUCAUCUGCUCCUCUCGAGAUAAAGGGUUACUCGGUGCCAUUGAGGACGGCAAGCCUGGUGCCGGAGCAAGUCCGUGGGUCAUUGGGAUCCAGAAUCUCGGUAUAAGCUUCCUCCCUCACUUCAUCAAUGCUUUCAUCCUACUCUCUGGAUGGUCGUGUGGCAAUGCUUAUCUCUACUCGGCAUCCCGAACACUCUACGGCCUUGCUCGUGGUAAGUUUUGGAGCACCGUCUGGAGUGUCAUCAUCUUAUGCCGGAUGAAACUAAUAUGUUGUGUGGGUUAGAUGGCCAAGCACCUGCCUUCCUGAACAAGUGCACAAAAGCAGGUGUGCCUAUCUACUGUGUGCUGAUUACUACCUUGAUUAGCUGCAUCACUUUCCUUGCCGCUUCUAAUAAGGCCGUUGAUGUAUUUUACUGGUUUGUCGAUCUAACAACAACCGCACUUAUCGCAACAUACGUCUUCAUGCUCAUCACAUAUAUGGGAUUCUGGCGUGCCCGUCAAGCCCAGGGUUUGACUGAUGAGCACUUUUACUACGUCGCCCCCUAUACGCCCUGGAGCCCUAUCGUGUCUUUGGUCAUGGGAUGUGUGGCGCUAUUCUUCGUUGGGUUCGACGUCUUCUCCCCGUGGGAUACCAGAGGCUUCAUCACCUCUUACUUUGCUCUCUUCUUUGCCUUUUUCAUGUUUUUGGUUGGCAAGAUCAAAUAUAUGCUCGAGGGCCGCUGCGGCUUUGGAUUUGUUAAGCCUGCUGAGGCGGAUCUCCAUAGUGGUAUGGCGGAGAUUAA